AUGGAAAAUGAGAAUACGCCUACUGAAAGCGAGGAAGAUUACGGCUCAUAUUUUCUUCAACCUGCGCAUUCGCCAUAUAAUAUAGUUGAGAAAAUUCAACAGGCAAACGAAGCUUUACUGAACACAAACAUCGAAACUUGCAAAACUUUAAGAGUACAAUUUAAAGACAGUUUAGUAACCUUCGAAUCAGAACUAACUGAUGAUGAUAUCAACAGUAUUGAAAGUGACCACAUUGAAAUACAAACGGAGGAAAAUAUAAUUUUUAAUAGUUUCACUACUGUGACCAAUGAGGACCCAACUGAGAUAUUUUCUGAUAUUGAGGAAGUAGAGGAGGAAACUGUUGAGGAAGAUAUAAAAGAAGACAUUGAUGAUCUGACUGUAGAGAACACCAACACCACUUCUACGAACACCGCCCAUAUUAUACUUAAAGAUAAUGACUUGUUUAAUAAACCAACAAGUGAAGAAGCAAGCAAACAAGACAUUAAAAAGAAAACUAAAAAGAGAACGGUCCAAACCAAAUCUAGAGAAAAAUUACAAAAUAAUAUAAAAUGUAGUAGCCAUUGCAUAGAUAAAAUCGAAUGUGAUCUUUCAAAACGAAUUCAAAAGUUACAUAUUCGCAACGAAACGCCCCAAUGUCCUCCACUGAAACUGCACGAGAAGAAGUGUUGCACCGAAAAAUCCGCUUCCAAUUUGCCAAACUACAACGGAUUAAGGUCGGAGUACGGACUGACGUACAAACAAUUGGAACAAAGAAAGGCCCUGAAGAAGUACCACAAGAUUAGGCGAUGUUACAGAAGAAGCUACUUGAACAGAAUCAGGGAGCAGAGGACCCAGGAGAACGAGGAGGCCUUCGCCAAGUGGUUGGACGACGUGUCCAAGAGAAAGGAGUUGGAGGAGCACAAAAGAAAACUGAACAGUUACAGAACCACAUACGGCAUCCCUCAAGUUUGUGUCUACGUUGAAACGCCCGAAUGUAAAUGCCGCAAGUUUGUAUAUUUAGGUAGUUUAUCCAUAAGGAAAUGUGUACCGCGUAAAAUGAGUAAAAAAUGAAACAAUGUAAAAG